AUGUCCUCGACCGAACCAACCGCGUCGACGGCAGCAUCUUCCGCCUCGACAGCGGCUUCACUGUCGUCCUCUCCCCCUCCCACUUCAGCCCCGGCCUCGGUGCUCAGCCUCGAUGCGCUCUUCAACAAUCCCCUGUUCGCCGGCGGCAUCGGCCUCGCCAGCCUAGGCGCCGCCGCCGCCUUUGCCCGCAAAGGUGUCGUCGUCGCCGCCGGAGCCGCUCGCCGCCGCCUCCUCGUCAACGUCGAGAUCAGCAAGCAGGACCCGGCCUACCCCUGGGUCCUCGCCUGGCUGUCGCAGCCUCGUGAGCAGGCCGGCUUCCUCGCCUCGCGCAUCACCCGCAUCCACAACCUAUCCGUCUCGACAACAACCAGCAGUGCCCACCGCGGGGGUGCCGCCGCCGCCGGCCCGACCAGCGCACACUUUUUCCUGCAGCCCGGCUACGGCAGGCACAUCGUCAAGCACGGCUCCGCCUACAUCGCCGUCAACCGUGAGAAGCACAGCACGGCCAAUAUGAACACGGGCGAGCCGCACGAGAUCGUCCAGCUGACGACGCUGUGGGCGCACCGACACGUCUUUGAGCACGUCUUCGCUGAGGCCCACGCGCUGGCAGCUAAGGCGAACGAAGGCAAGACCAUCGUGUACGCCGCGAGGGGCAUGGAGUGGGCGCCGCUCGGCGACCCGCGCAAGAAGCGCCCCCUCGGGUCUGUGAUACUAGACGAAGGUGUCAAGGAGGGCAUCGUCGACGACGUCAGGGACUUCCUCGGGCGUCAGCAGUGGUAUGUCGACCGCGGCAUUCCCUACCGGCGCGGCUACCUUCUCUUCGGCCCGCCCGGCAGCGGAAAGAGCUCCUUCAUCCAAUCCCUGGCCGGCGAGCUCGACUUCAGCGUGGCCAUGAUCAACCUCAGCGAGAUGGGCAUGACGGACGACAAGCUGGCGUACCUCCUGACGAAGCUGCCGCGGCGCAGCAUCCUGCUGCUUGAGGACGCCGACUCGGCGUUCGUCAACCGGCGGCAGCGCGACGCCGACGGCUACAGCGGCGCCAGCGUGACCUUCUCGGGCCUGCUCAAUGCGCUCGACGGCCUCGCGGCGGGCGAGGAACGCAUCGCGUUCCUGACGACGAACCACAUCGAGCGGCUCGACCCGGCGCUCAUCCGGCCCGGACGCGUCGACAUGAUGACGCGCAUCGGCGAGGCGACGCGGUAUCAGGCCGGGCAGAUGUGGGAUCGGUUUUACGGCGACGUCGACGCCGACGGCGCCGGGCGCGAGCGGUUCCUACAGCGGCUCGAGGACCUGGGUCUGUUCGGUAACGGCACGGGCGAGACGGCCGGGCGGUUCACGAGCACGGCGGCGAUCCAGGGCCUGUUCCUGUUCAACAAGAACGACAUGCAGGGCGCCAUUGACAUGGCCGAGGGCCUCAUCCCGCGCCAGUUCGAGGCGGCUGACGCGGUGCCCGAGGGCGCCAUCAAGACGCGUGCGUAG